AUGUGUGCCUUUCAGGACUUAAACUUCAAGCUGAAAGACCAAAUUGAAGUCCUGGAGCAGCAGGCAAAACGUCUCCGAGAGAGAAACGCAGAGCUGGUCGAGAAACUCAUCGCUCGAGAAGCCGCCUUCACUCGUCUGGAGAGUCGCCUUAAGUCUGGCGACGAGAAGAGAGAGGAGGAAAAGACGGAGCUGCUGGCCCUCCAAGAGAAAGUCCGUCAGGUUGAGGAACGCAACCAAGAGCUCCAGGAGAAGAACAACGUCCUGGAAGCUGAGAACGCGGACCUCAGAGGGCAAAAGCUGGAGGCGGAGGCCAAAGAUCAGCUGGUGGAGGGGAGGACGACCGUUCUCCAGCUGCAGGUGGAAGAUCUCCAGGAGGAAAAGAGGGAGCUGGUUGCAAAAGUCAACAAUGGUGAAGACGCAAUCAGCUCUCUCGAGACCCUGCAGUCCUGCGAGGAGGACAAAGGAGAGCUGUUGGUCCUCUGCGAGGAGAGCCAACAGCUGGGACAAAAGAACAAGGAGCUCCAGGAGAACACCAUCCUCCUGGAAGCUGAAAACGUGGACCUCAGAGGGCAACAGGUGGAGGCAGAGACAAAGAAACAGACAAUGGAGGAGAUGGAAGCCCUUGAGCUAAUAAACCAGGAGCUGCAACAUCUCCUGGAUCUUUCACGGCACUCUGAGACCAGAGACACCUGGACCAGACUCAAGGCUUCUUGA